AUGGACGGCGAAGGCGCUGCAGAAACUCUAGAGGUGACAGCAAAGGAUGUCCGGGACGCAUGCAUUUCAGUCAAGACCCAGCAAUCAUAUCGCAGCAGCCUUCGUGCGAUGUCCAAGUGGAUUCGUGAUACGAAGAUGGAGCAAGCACCUACUUUCUUUGACCCUAGUGGUAAUAUUGACUUGGACCACUUCACUCUGGAUGAGUUUGACUCGUUUCUCAUGGAGAAGAGGAAGACUGUGGGCGUCAGUACGCUCAACGGUAUCGCAGCGCGCUGA